ACUUCAAGGAUACUGAUGGUCUUUUUCCCCUCCUCCCUAUCCCAGCUUGCACGCUACACCAAGGAGGGGUUCCUUCACCUUGGUGCCCUUGGGACCACGACGCUCCUGCCCGACACCCGCUGCCUGGUGGACAACGUGAAGAGCCGCUUCCCCCAGCUCCUCGACUGCGACAAGGUCAAGAGCAGCCUUCAUAAGCGCUGGAAUUUCAUCCAGAACGGUGCCAUCCUGAACAAGGGAACAGGGCGCUGCUUGGAGGUGGAGAACAGGGGAAUGGCUGGCAUCGAUCUCAUCCUUCGCAGCUGCACAGGACAGAGGUGGACAAUUAAAAAUUUCAUCAAGUAAAGAGUGGAGAAAUCAGAGGAGUUUCACCUGAAAGAUGGCUGACUUGGACCAAUCCAUCUGGACUCUUUUGGAAAGGACAAAAUAUCAAAACAGAGCUUUAUUCAUGUUAUUAGGAGAGGACAUGGGGGAAAUGGGCAUUUGUGUCUUUAUUUUUAUUGUAUAUUAGUCUCCCACAGGUGAUUUCAACUGUGUGAAAUUGGGUCAGAACUCUAAUUUUCUUCUGGCAAGCACUCUAAAAGGUACCACUUAUUUCUGCUGGAGUAAUUGUAAUAAGCUCAUGCAUCCUUGUGAGCAUUUCACUGGCAGGGAAAUGCUGUUUUCUCAGAUGACUCUAAGUGCUCCCAAGACCCAUCCAGGUUUGUACUGUGAUUGAAGUCAAGAGACCCUGCAUGGCAAGCGUGCAAACGUGCGUGCUUGUGAGAGGAAAAAGUCACCAAGCCUUGAAGAAGUUGUGUUUCUACGACGUGGCAGCUCACUAGGUGCAUUGUAUCUUUUCCCUUUCUUGCUCCUGCAUCCAGCAUCCCUUUUCUUGAGUCUGGGGGAGACAAAGCUCUCAGAGAUUCCGUGAUAAAUCCUGUAGAUCUCUCCAGUCCCCCAUCACAGAUGUCAUGUCAUGAAAUACAGUUGAAUAAGAAUCCUGAGCUCCCAUUGUCUGCUCCCCAUUGCCCACUUGCUACUGUUGGCUCAACCAGCCCUGCACUGCACCAGCCCCUCUGUGGAGACCCCAAGUGGAAAGCCCCACAGUUGAUUGCCUCCCUGUUUUGGGGUCUUUUGGAUGCAUGCCUUGUUAGAAUUAACCCACAGCAGCCUGAGCAUUGCACAGCAGGCUGCCAGCCUGGCACUAGCCCCUUGGGGACUCCAUUACCACUUUUUUUGCUGUUGGAUGGAUGUGCUGAUGUGUGCAAGAGCUGAAGGCAGGUCGUGUGAGAGAAAGUCCUGCUCAGGCUUCCCUCCCAUGGAGGCUUUGGGGUUUGUUUUUAAGGCAUCCUUGCCUCUGAAUGAAGACAUGAAUAGUGGUAGUCUCCUUACCUCUGUAGUGGUGUAGUUUUGUAGUUUUCUUAUUGAGGCUCGAACACAUCUAUCCUGCCUGUUCAGUGUGCUUCUGCAGUGAUGUUGAUGUAAGGAAGGGAGAGGGAGGGCAAGAGACCAAUAAAUGGCAGCUUGCCUGAAGUUCUUCAUCUUGAGGUCACUUAAGGCUUGUUGAUACAGUGGUAACACGAUCUCACCUGGUUUAUCUGACCCGCAGUAAUCCUGGGAACCAAGUCUAUCCAACCACUGUAGGAGACUUCAGUUUGGGGUCCUGGUGUCUGGCUAAGUGGAAAAGGGAAACGUCUUGAAAAGUCGUUUCACAUGGAUGUGGGACUAAUGGGUGGCCGCAGGCUUUGCUCAGUUGAGAGGGGAAGCCAGCCCAUCUCCUGUCCUUCUCACAGAAUAAUACUCUUUCUGGUUGCCCUCUGGCUAGGGUGCACUAAAAUAUAUUAAUAUAUGAGAUGUAUGUGUAAAUAUGUUUCCCAAAGAUGGGAUGUGCACAGAGUUGUUUGCUGCAGAGCACUCAUGCCUGUCUUCCAUUUGCAUCGGGAUAAUGCUACCUGGGUGUUUAAUGAGUUUAAUUUUCAAUGCCAUGCAGCAGGUUUAUGACUGAUGUUUUAGUAAUUUAUUGAACAGAAACAGAUAUAUUUCAUUGUUCCUUACUGCAUCACAUCUGAUUGUUCACUUACACGUGACAAGACUCAUUGGAGUUGUCUCUGGGUUUUCUCCCUUGCCUUCCGUAAUGCAGUAAAACCUCCUGUUGUCCUGAAUUGCAAAGUAGGGACUCAAUGUAGAAAUUUGCUCUCUUAUUUGCUGUUGCAUCAUCUCUCAUGUAAUAAAUUUUAGCACUUACGAAACAGACACGAUUGCAAUGUCCUUAGAUGCAUGAGAUGUUUCCCCUGCAUUUGUUGCUGCCUUCUAAGAAAAGCCAUUUGCCAAUGGAGAGGACUCCAAGAAAGUCUGGGGGAUUUGAGACUUCACAGCUAGUGACCAAAAUGUAAAAUUCCCUUUUAAUUGAGCAGUCAGUUGCUGUCAGUCAUCAGUGGAAGCCACAUACUGUUUAGCACUGGGAAAAGGCUGCGUGUUUUGGAGGGAGUGGGGGAGAAAAAGGAAUCCUUUGGAUGUUGCUGUGCUAUCGUUCACGGUUCUCAGCUCCGCUCUAGUCCUGCCAGUGCUCAGGGCGCCGGCAGAUGGGCUUUGUCAGAUUUAAUUGUGGUGGUGGAAGGUGUCCCCGCCGCCAGCCUUCCAUCUGCUGCUGGAGGCUUCUGUCCCCAUCAUCGUCAGCAGUGAGGAGCCGCGCCGUGCCUGCUGUCAUUUGCAGGAUGUGCUUCUCCAGCAGGCGGGGAUCGCUCUGCUGAGCCGUGAGACUGUUGGCUGAGGUCACUUCAAGAUGGUGGCAUGGCGGUAUGUGGUGACAUCCACGUGCUUGUCAGCUCGCUCAGGUGGCACGAAACGUCUGGAUCCCAUUGGCGACCAGCUCCAAUUCUUCAAACACAAAGCCAGGGGUGCGUUCCCUUCGUGCAUAUCCCAAACGAAGGAGAUGUGGAAGUGAAUGCUUUGCUCCAGAACCUUCAGGUGGGGAAGAAACCCUGUCAGAGUGAUUUCCCUCUUCUCACUGCUGUGCGUAGAGUGCUUGGAAAUGACUGAAAAGCAGCAAAAUCGUGGUUAAAAUGGGGAGUUUUAUCUGCUGUGUCCCUGUAAGUGCAGUUCUGUUCUCAUAUUGGUUUGUGACAUGCAGAGAUGAUUGCUGAGGCGACGGCCUGAGGUCUGCACCCUCCUAAACCUUAGAAA